AUGCCGGAAGUAACAGCGGAGCUCAGAGAGCAGCUGCGGAACAGUUGCCAUCCUCUGAUCGAUGGAGUCAACACAGCGUACGGAUAUCAGCCUUCUCUGGCAGCCGGAAUCGUCUUUUGCACGCUCUUCGGCCUCUCAAUGAUCGUUCACACUGUGCAAUUUGCUUGGAAGCGAACUUGGUGGUGCUGCGUCUUCAGCAUCGGAUGUUUGACCGAAGUCCUGGGGUGGGCUGCUCGCACAUGGUCGGCGCAGUGUCCCUAUAACAUGACUGCCUUCUUGAUGCAGAUAUCCACUUUGAUCAUUGCACCCACCUUCUUCACAGCAGGCAUCUACGUCCUCCUCGGCCGCUUCAUCACCCUGCUCGGCCGCGAAUCCUCCAUCAUCAGCCCAAACCUCUACCUCUGGAUCUUCGUCACCUGCGACGUCAUCUCGCUCGUCGUCCAGGCCAUCGGCGGCGGCAUGGCCUCGGCCGCAACGAGCGAUGUCAACGGCGACACCGCGCCCGGCACCCACGUCAUGGUCGCGGGCAUCGUCUUCCAAAUGGCCUCCAUCACCGUCUUCGUCGUCCUCGCCGCGGACUUUGUCCGCCGCACCCUCCGCCGCCGCCUCCUGCAGUCCAUGACCGGGUCCAUCGUGCCCCUGUUCGGCGCGAUGAUCUUCUCCGUCGUGUGUAUCUAUGUUCGGAGCAUCUACCGGACCAUCGAGUUGUCCGAGGGCUGGGAUGGGUAUCUGAUUACCACGGAGCGGUAUUUCAUCGCCCUCGACGGCGCGAUGAUGGUUGCUGCUGUUAUGAUCUUUAAUGUCUUCCAUCCGGGCUGGUUGAUGCCCAUGGACAAGAGUAUGGAGUUUCAACGGGAGAUCUACUCCGCGGAUGGGAUGCCUGCCACAGAGCUUCGGUAG